UGUCUGGAAAAUAUAUCACAUGACCCACUGGAAGAGAUGUCACUUGACACACUCAGUUGUAGCGUAGGUGGAGGUAGCUCUAACUUCACUCAGCCUGAGUACAGCACGAGCUCACAACCCAGAGCUGCAACCAACAUUGCUGCAUGUGAAACUGGAGCAACUGAUGGACAACCAUCGGAACGUGAGCAGGCACGACCCUUGCAAGAGAAUCAGGCAAACGACUCACCAAUUAACAUGGUUGGUGACAAUUUGAGCCUUCAAAUUCAAGUGAAAGAGUUGCAACUCGAAAAUCAGCAGUUGAAAUCUGAAAAUUCGUUGUUGUCAAGCCAGCAACAGACUCUACAACUCGAAAAGCAGCAGUUGAAAUCUGAAAAUUCGUUGUUGACAAGCCAGCAACAGACUCUACAACUCGAAAAGCAGCAGCUGGAAAUUCAACUUUCUACUUUUCAUCGCCAACAAUAUGAACAGCAAAAACGAUUACUCAUUCAAAUUCUGUCCACGAUCUUUCCAACUCUUGGACAGGGUUUACGUCCUUCAGAGUUGGAAGGCGAAACCGAGCUUCUUACAAGCGGAGCCGCACCGGGCCAACUUCGAGCCAUGAUUCACAGAACUGAUUAGCCUGUACGAGUUUGAUACGCACAAGUCCAUUAGAAUUUGAUACUUUUUUGGAAUGCUUGGUGUGGUUUUGGUGUGUUUCAGGUAUGUCUUUCUGCCACAAUAGUCGUUGUGUGCAUUCCCACUGGACGAUUCAUCCAAUUCAACGUACUGUAUUCGUGCAAUAAAUUGCAAUACAGAAUCACCAGUAAUUCAAAUAUAUGACUAGUGCAUGGGAUGGCCUUGCACUCCACAAACUUUGUUUUGGCACAACCCACAGGAUUUCCGUCAACCACGAGUGGAUUGCUGUCUAAGCAAGGGUGUGUGCAUAAUGUGCUGUCAGAUGGCUCUCAGAGACGCAAGUGUGCGACCAGGGUCUUAAUCUAUCCAUACCCCGACGAAGGUCGUAGAGGGCAGCUUUGUAACACACAAUCUGAGGGUUGGUAUGCACGGCCAUCCUUGAGAUACUCAUGAUUUCAAAAAAAUGAUUAGCAGUGGUUUUUGGUUUAAACAUCAGGUGGCCCCGGUAUAAAUCUGUUGAACUUGCGGUUGACUGCUAUGUUACACGGAGCGAGGAUACCAGUUUCAGCUACUAUCAUUCAAUUGUUUCUUCCCAAA